AUGGUAGAAAGGAAUUUCCAGUACCUCCCAACACUCAACUUCACAGCCAGCCCGUUCAAACAAUUCACCAUCCCCCAGGAUUGGCGAGCAUGGGAGAUCGCAUGGCUUUAUCGCUUACCCGCCAUCAUCACCCAUGAUACAGUUCCUGCUAGACUAAUCGAGACCGGGUGUAUCGUCAAUAAUGUGACUAAUUGUCAUAAAGCGUGUGAAAGCGAAGAGUACAUGUUCUCGAAUCCCGAAACAUUAUGGAACUGUCUGACCUUGGCGACUGUUGCCAUGAUGUCUACCAACCGCGGGCCAGAUUCCAUCAGUAACGCGACGUUAGAGGAGGUGGAUAGGAGGUUCAAUACUGGUCCGCUGGAUGAGUUCUGGAGACUUGGUGCGUUGCUGAGCUACGUCAAAUGUGCGCUGCAGUCUUGUUCGGACUCCAAGUUUGGUGGAUGUCCGCCGGAACUUUGGACAUUCCAGUGUCAAAUGCUCACAUCGAAGAACAUCAAGGACCUGGGCAGAAUCAUGAGUACAGAGUACUGCGACAAGGCUGAUCCUGGAAUUGACUACGAUAUUGCAGGGCCUGGUAUAAUCGUGGCAUAUUUGAUCCAGUUCACAAUAGUCCUGUUCUUUGCGCUAUGCUACAAGAUCACCAAGACGUGGAUAAGAAACUUUACCCUGAUCUCGCUCCUUCCAUUUCAAGGACCCGCUAGAGCCGUCGAGACAGCGUUUCACUGGCAAAAGGUGGUCUCGAGGAGCAGCUUCAGUAUCGCAGUUGCUUCAACCCUUGUCGAUCUUCAAGAGGCACAAGCUGUGUUCCUCGGCACUAUCUCUAUAGCUGCUAUCAUCACCUUCUCAAGCUCUAGCGGAACGGGACUCGGUAACAUCAGUUCACUACUCUCCUGGCUGACAAACAACCUCACGGUACGGGGCAUGGUCUCAGCGGGGAUGUAUCCCCUACUGUUCGUGCAGCUCAUCCUUCAGAAAACUUACAAUCGUUGGUGGUAUACACUCGCUCUUGUGUUCAUCAACUGGGUUCUUGUUGUGCUCAUUGCUCGUCCUCAGACUGUUGAUGAACCUUCGCUAUUGAAACACUUCGAUGAAAGCUCGCCUUUGGAACGCUGUGGAAAUCAUACCGGUCCUAGAACGUUCUGUCAGACGUUCAACAAGGCCGCGGAGAGGGGCUCUGGUUCCACUACCGGUGAAGAGCUAGGCCAUCUAGAUCGAGAUGCGGAGAACUUCUUCAAGUUCCACUCAAGAAUACAGGCACCAAUGCAUGUAGUCAUGGCUUUCCUGAUACUUGAUUGGAUCCUUGCCAUGAUUAGGAUGCACCUCUUUGAGCGGGGCGACUGGUUAUCUGACAAGGCCCAUGCCUUUAUGGAUGGCUUGCCUUCGCUUCUAAAGUCGUUUUAUACGAAGAGGUACUUCGUGCUGUUCACAGAAGCAAUCUGGAUCGCAAUGGAAGUCCUCACUAUCGUCUUGGGCGUCAUAGGGGUAAAUGAGUUCACAGCAUUUAUGCAUCUACUCAGUGGCGGGGAGUCGGGUAACGAGAGCAAGGUUGCCCUAUCGAAAUGGGGUUUCGGACAGCUGGUAGCAGUGUGCGUUUGGGUUCCAGUUAUCCUCAAGUUCGGUUGUCUCAUGGUUGACGGGGCCCUGCCGGGUUGGAGAAAACGGUUGGGCCAGUUUAUCGAGAUUACACAGCGCAAAGAAACAGAACCGGAUGGGAACGAUGUUGUUAUGGAAACUUUGCUUCCGUCCAGAUCUACCAAGAGGGGCCAGACGGAUGAGGUAGAGGGACGGACUCUGACAGCGAGGCGGUCUUGGGGCAGAACAUGUGAUUAG